AUGGCGCUGAAGAUGGUGAAGGGCAGCAUCGACCGCAUGUUUGACAAGAACCUGCAGGACCUGGUGCGCGGAAUCCGCAACCACAAGGAGGACGAGGCAAAAUACAUCUCCCAGUGCAUCGAUGAGAUCAAGCAGGAGCUAAAGCAGGAUAACAUUGCAGUGAAAGCAAAUGCCGUCUGCAAACUUACAUAUUUACAGAUGCUGGGCUAUGACAUCAGUUGGGCUGCUUUCAAUAUUAUUGAAGUAAUGAGUGCAUCGAAGUUUACAUUCAAAAGAAUCGGUUACCUAGCUGCCUCUCAGUGCUUUCAUGAAGGGACUGAUGUAAUUAUGUUGACUACUAAUCAGAUCCGAAAGGAUCUGAGUAGCCCUAACCAAUAUGAUACUGGAGUUGCACUGACUGGCUUGUCCUGUUUUGUUACUCCAGAUCUAGCCAGGGACUUGGCAAAUGACAUCAUGACACUGAUGUCUCAUACAAAGCCUUAUAUCAGGAAGAAGGCAGUGUUAAUCAUGUACAAAGUUUUUUUGAAAUACCCAGAGUCCCUCCGUCCUGCAUUUCCUCGCCUUAAAGAGAAACUUGAAGAUCCAGAUCCCGGUGUGCAGUCUGCUGCAGUAAAUGUUAUUUGUGAGCUGGCUCGACGCAAUCCCAAAAACUACCUUUCCCUUGCUCCACUCUUUUUCAAGUUGAUGACGUCGUCAACUAAUAAUUGGGUUCUCAUUAAAAUUAUAAAACUGUUUGGUGCUCUUACUCCAUUAGAACCGAGGCUGGGAAAGAAAUUGAUUGAGCCUCUGACCAACCUCAUCCAUAGCACCUCAGCCAUGUCUCUCUUAUAUGAAUGUGUGAACACAGUAAUAGCAGUUUUGAUCUCUCUGUCCUCUGGGAUGCCUAAUCACAGUGCUAGCAUCCAGCUUUGUGUUCAGAAGUUAAGGAUAUUGAUCGAAGAUUCUGACCAGAACUUGAAAUACCUGGGACUGUUAGCCAUGUCCAAAAUCCUGAAAACGCAUCCUAAAUCAGUUCAGUCUCACAAGGACCUCAUUCUCCAAUGUUUGGAUGACAAGGAUGAGUCUAUCCGACUCAGAGCUUUAGAUCUGCUGUAUGGCAUGGUAUCAAAGAAGAACUUGAUGGAGAUAGUGAAGAAACUGAUGAUUCAUGUGGAUAAAGCAGAAGGGACGACAUACCGGGAUGAGCUGCUGACCAAAAUCAUAGAUAUUUGUAGUCAGUCCAAUUAUCAAUAUAUCACAAACUUUGAAUGGUACAUAAGCAUCUUGGUGGAGCUGACCCGAUUGGAAGGCACACGGCAUGGGCAUCUUAUAGCAGCUCAGAUGUUAGAUGUAGCUAUCAGAGUUAAAGCUAUUCGUAAAUUUGCAGUUUCUCAAAUGGCCAUGCUUCUGGACAAUGCUCAUCUCAUAGCCAGCAACACCCAGAGAAAUGGGAUCUGUGAGGUGCUUUAUGCUGCUGCUUGGAUAUGUGGGGAGUUCUCUGAACACCUCGAGGAAGCAAACCAAACAUUAGAAGCAAUGUUGAGGCCUAAAGUUACAACUCUACCAGGCCACAUCCAGGCGGUUUAUGUCCAGAACAUGGUGAAGCUCUAUGCAUCCCUCCUACAGCAGAAAGAGCAAUCUGGGGAAAAGGAAGCAGCUCAGGAAAUUACACAGCUGAUGAUUGAGCGUUUGCCUCAGUUUGUACAGAGUGCGGAUCUAGAAGUUCAGGAGAGGGCUUCUUGUAUCUUGCAGCUAAUAAAAUAUAUUCAGAAGCUACAAAUAAAAGAAGUACCCGUAGCUGAGGAAGUAAUAGCCCUGUUUGCUGGUGAGCUGAACCCUGUGGCUCCUAAAGCACAGAAGAAAGUACCAGUUCCAGAGGGCUUGGACCUUGAUGCCUGGAUCAAUGAACCUCCAUCAGACAGUGAGUCUGAAGAUGAAAAGCCCAAAACAAUUUUUCAUGAUGAGGAACAAAGGCAUUCCAGACAUAGACAGCCUGAAAUAGAUGAAGAGGAACUGGCCAGACGUCGAGAAGCCCGGAAACAAGAACAGGCAAACAACCCAUUUUAUAUUAAAAGCUCUCCUUCCCCACAGAAGCGAUACCAAGACACUCCAGGUGUGGAACAUAUACCUGUGGUCCAGAUCGACCUUUCUGUCCCCUUAAAAGUUCCAGGAAUGCCUAUGUCUGACCAGUAUGUGAAACUGGAAGAAGAGCGAAGACAUAAACAGAAACUGGAGAAAGACAAGAAAAAGAAAAAACAGAAAAAGGAAAAGAGAGGUAAACAUCAUCGGCAUAACUCUCUACACACGGAGAGCGAGGAGGAUAUUGCUCCAGCUCACCACGUCGAUAUCAUAACAGAAGAGAUGCCAGAGAAUGCUUUGCCCAGUGAUGAAGACGACAAAGAUCCCAAUGAUCCAUAUAAGGCACUUGAUAUAGAUCUGGAUAAACCCUUAGCAGACAGUGAGAAGCUGCCAGUGCAGAGACACAGAAAUGUUGAGACCCUGAAGUCACCUGACUCAGAAGCUCCUCUAGUAGAGAAGAAAAGCAAGAAACCCAAAAAAAAGGAAAAGAAACACAAAGAAAAAGAGAGAGACAAAGGAAAGAAGAAAGAGAAAGAGAAAAAAAAAUCCUCCAAGCAUAAGAAGAAAAAACACAAGAAAGAGAAAGAAGAGAAAUCAAAGGAUAAAAAGAAAUCCAAAAAGAAGAGUCAUCACAGUGAGGAGGAGACAACAGAGUCGGUGCAGAAUGGAACACUAGAUGAUGAACCACUACCACCUAUGUCCAGUUACCGCCUUCUUGCUGAAAAUCCGUACAUUAAAAUGACCUACGAUAUUCAAGGAAACCUCCAGAACGAUAGCCAAGUUACUGUCUCUGUUAUCUUUGAGAACAAAAGCACUAGCUUCCUUAAGAGCAUGGAACUAAAUGUCCUGGACUCUCUCAACACUAAAAUGCUGCGACCAGAAGGAUCAUCAGUACACGAUGGGAUACCUGUGCCCUUCCAGCUACCCCCUGGAAUCUCUAAUGAAGCCCAGUUUGUGUUUACACUUCAGAGUAUUGUUAUGGCUCAGAAGUUAAAAGGAACACUGUCCUUUAUAGUCAAAAAUGAUGAAGGUUCAACCCAUGAAAAACUAGAUUUCAAAUUGCACUUCAGUUGCGCUUCAUAUUUGAUCACGACGCCUUGCUAUAGUGAUGCUUUUGCCAAGCUCCUAGAGUCUGGAGAUCUGCACAUGAGUUCUAUUAAAGUAGAUGGAAUUAGCAUUUCUUUCCAACAUCUACUGGCAAAGAUCUGUUUUCAUCAUCAUUUUUCAGUUGUGGAACGCGUUGAUUCGUGUGCAUCAAUGUACAGUCGUUCUAUCCAAGGCCAUCAUGUCUGCCUACUGGUAAAAAAGGGAGAGAACUCUGUAUCCAUAGAUGGGAAAUGUAGUGAUUCCACCCUGCUUAGCAACUUGUUGGAUGAGAUGAAAGAGACAUUGUCCAAGUGCUGAAUACUCCUUAUAAAAUACUCCAACUACAAGAAACACACCUAAUGUGUAGAGACGAGCAGACCCAAGUGUUAAGUUUCUCCCUCGUACGCAUGUACUAUCCUGGGGCACGUGCUUUUCAGUUAACUCCACCAUUGUUUGCAGUUUAGACAUUUUAAAGCUGUAUGUUACCUUUUUAUUUCAAAACUUUUUACAAACUGUGGUGUUAACCCUUUCUAGCCCAAAGAGAUCCUGGUGACAUGACUGGAGGAGGGAGGGAGGGGUGUUAUUUAUUCAGCAGCUCACG